AUGAGCCAAAUAGUUACAGACCUAAGUACCAUACCUAUAAAAAUCAAUGAGCAUGCGGGUGAAACGUUUCUCCGGCUCCGGAUCUUCGCACAGUUUCAGAGCAUAUCUGGAACUGACGUUUCUAGUACCGAUAGUAUAUACUUGAAGGUAACCAACGUUCCAGGUUUCGGGGGAAGUCAGGGCCAGGCCCAGGCCCAGGAGUUCAGUUUCUUGAUUGACGAAACAAUAUACGACGAGAUGUUUAUUCGGAACCGCAGCAGGCGUCCUCAUCGCGGAGAUAUCCUCGACCUGCGAUGCUGCUACAGAAAGUACGACGACGUGAUCGAGAUAAUGCACCUAAAACAGGUAAGCAUUGCCGAUCUGGACGCACUGCGACAGUUUGUGAUGAAAUCGCACGACGACAGCGCGAUACACUCGUUCCUCCACUAG